UUCAGAAAAAAUAACCAAAAAACAAAAAACUUAGCUAAAAUUUUUGGUACUUCACUUGUAAACUUGGUGCAAGUUCAUUGGCGGCUUCCCUCACCACUUAACAAAAAUUCAGAAAAAAUAAAAAUAUAUCCUCUCAUCUCAUCUCUGAUGCCAUUCAUGAAGAACAAAGAACUGAUAUCCAUCACAGACUACUGGUCAGUGAUAGAAACAAAGAUAAGGUUCUCUCACUUUGUUUUAGCUUUAGUAAUUCUCUUCAUUGUGCGUGCCUUUACUCAGAGACUAACCAGCAAAGGUCCCAUGAUAUGGCCACUCCUGGGUAUAAUACCAUCGGUUUUACUCAACAUUAACGAUGUGUUUAAUUAUUUCGCUGAUUCUUUAAAUCAAUCUGGAGGAACGUUUAUUGUCCGAGCGACUUGCAUGGAUCGUUUUUGUGGAAUCAUGACUGUAGAUACUUCCUCCAUCGAAUAUGUUUUGAAGACCAACUUCCUGAAUUAUGACAAGGGAGAGGCUUUUAUAGAGAUAUUCUCUGAUGUAUUUAGGAAUGGUAUUUUUGUUGCUGAUGGGGAAACAUGGAAAGAGCAAAGGGUUGCAUUAACAUCAGUUAUGCACACUUCUUGGUUUAUAGAGUCUACUCAUUCGGUCAUACAAGAUCUGGUGCACCAAAAACUUUUAAAGUUGAUAAAUAAGUCUGUAAAAUUAGAUAAAAUUACAGAUCUGCAAGAUUUGCUACUUCGAUUUACGUUUGACAAUAUCUGCAUCACUACAUUCGGAAUUAGUCCUGGGUGUUUAUCCAUUGAACUUCCUGAUGUUCCUUUUGUUGCGGCUUUUGAGAAAGCUGCAGAGCUCUCAUAUUACAGGAUCUUUACUCCUACAUUUAUAUGGAAGACACUGAGAUUCUUCAGUGUUGGACCAGAGAAGAAACUCAAGGAAGUCACCGGAAUAGUGCACAAGUUUGUGGGGGAGAUUAUUACAAACAGAAGGAUCGAGCUUUGCAAAUCGGGUCAUGUAAAUGAUCGGUCAGACAUAUUAUCAAAGCUCAUCAUCAAGAAAGACCCGGACGAUGAACAGCAGAUGGAGGAUAAAUUCAGUGACGACAUGCUAAGAGAUCUGUGCUUAAGUUUUAUUCUAGCGGGUCGAGACACAACUUCAGUGGCACUAGUAUGGUUCUUCUGGCUCAUACAUGAACACCCACAUGUAGAAAGCCUAAUUCUCGAUGAGAUCAAAGUAAUCAUAAGCCAAAGGAAGUCUGACAUAGAAAACAUAAACGAAGUUGUGUUUACAGCUGAUGAGCUAAAGAAAAUGGCAUAUCUUGAAGCUGCUCUAUCAGAAACACUGAGGCUCUAUCCUUCUGUGCCACACGAUAUCAAGGAGGCUAGAGAGGAUGACGUAUUGCCUAAUGGUACUGCUGUUAAAAAGAAAGAUUUAAUAAUCUACUCCAUGUAUGGCAUUGGCCGAACUGAAGCCAUAUGGGGGAAAGACUGCAGGGAGUUCAAGCCAGAAAGGUGGAUAAAGAACGGUAAGGCAGUAGCCGAGAGCCAGUUCAAAUUCCUGGCAUUUAAUGGAGGACCCAGAUUGUGCGUGGGGAAGCAGUUCGCUUACAUUCAGAUGAAAAUGGUAGCUGCUUCAAUCUUGCUAAGGUACUCAGUAAAGGUUGUUGGAGGCCAAACAGUUGUUCCCAAGGUGACAACUACACUGUACAUGAAAAAUGGGUUGUCAGUGAAUUUCAAGCCUAGGUUGAAACUCUGAGAAAACCUUUGGACCACUUCCCGUAAGGAAUCUGGAUUCACAAGAAGCCAUGUACUUGAUUUUAUCCCUAUAUAUGCUUUUGAUUGUAAGACUCAUUGUCAAUUGAUUUUUUUUCAGGUGAAAAUAUGUAUUACACUAAGGUAU